AUGGGAUUUUUCGACCACCUCCAGAAAGGAGGCGCCUUUUCUCUACAACCGAAGAAGCCUCAGAUCCGCAAGGUUGUUCAGACGCGAACCGCUCCUGCUUCGCGAUCCACGUCCCAGACCCCAGGUCCCUCAUCCCGAACCCCUCCUGCUCAGCUCAAAGCGCAACAAUCAGCAAGCAGAUCCGUCUCCAGGGACCGUGACCCCCCGUCUGCGAAAAGGCGACAUGGCACACCGGCGCAGAGUCGGAAGCGUCAAACUCCGGAAUUACGGCUCUCGAGCGAUGACGAUGCGAGCGACACGGACUCUUCGUUUGAGGUGCGCAAACGGGCUAGGACAGGCGAUAGCGCGGAACCAGACCCUGCUAGGCGCGUGCGAUCCUUAAAGGCUUUUUCCGAAGAUAGCGUCCGGUCACUUCCUAUGAUACAUGCUGCCGACAUUACAUCUCGCCAGAAGGCCGGCAACUUUAAGCCUGCGUUUGGGGCAGCCAAGCCGCUACCGGAGCUACUCCUGCAGUAUCUCAGCACUUCGGCCCCGGAGAGGUAUAACCUUGUGGUGCCUCGAGACCAUGAUGAUUUCAAGCCUAUCGACGACAUUGUUCAGGUCCUCGACAUCGUGUCACAGAAUUAUAUCCCAGACGAAGCGGCAGACGAAUUCAAUAAUGAAUCGACUGGAAUCAAGCGCAGACUACGACGAGCCCUUGCCCAUUUAUCAGAAGCGGAUUUCCGGAGCGUUGUGAACGAGUACAAUGAGGCAAUCGUACGGUUAAGGCGUGAUGGCAGUAUCGCAAAGAAACUGGAUUCGACGAGCCGCCUUAAUUUACCUCACGUGGAAAGGAUCCUGAAUCAAAUAUACUCGCGCACUGUCUCGCCUCGGGUCGAGUCGCUUCGCCAGUAUGAGAACGGAACGGACAACGUGUAUGGAGAACUUCUUCCGCGCUUCAUUAGCACUAUAUUCAAGGAAACGGGGCUAAAGUCCGGUCAAGUUUUUGUCGACCUGGGCUCCGGGGUUGGUAACGUUGUCCUCCAAGCGGCGCUUGAGAUUGGAUGUGAAAGCUGGGGCUGUGAAAUGAUGGACAAUGCAUGUGACCUGGCUGAUCUGCAGCAGGCGGAAUUCAGGUCACGAUGUCGGCUAUGGGGCAUCGCUCCCGGGAAGACGCACCUCGUUAGGGGUGAUUUCCUGAAGGAGCAGCCCAUUAUCGAUGUUCUGAAACGCGCUGAUGUCAUCUUGAUCAAUAAUCAGGCGUUCACUCCGCAAUUGAAUAACGAACUAAUCAAUCACUUCUUGGAUAUGAAGGAAGGGUGCCAGAUCGUAUCCCUGAAAUCCUUUGUGCCCGCGGGACACAAAAUCCAAUCCCGCAAUCUCAACUCGCCCAUUAAUCUACUGAAAGUCAAGCAGAGGAACUAUUGGUCGAACAGCGUAAGUUGGACCGACGUUGGCGGUACCUACUUCAUCGCGACCAAGGACAGCUCCCGCCUGAAAGCUUUCGUAGAUAGCAUGCAAUGA